AUGGGGUUCGUGGCGGAUCUGCUGUCUCGGCAGGCGCGCGCGCUGUACACCGACCCCGAGCUCCAGGCCGCGUGGCUGCAGGCCCUUGAAAGAGGCGCGCAUGUCGUCUCCAAGCUCGAGGGCAGGGGCCUGGCUCAGGAGUUCGGCGGGGCCGUGUUUGAGGAGCUCUUGCCCCGUGGCACCGACCCGCUCGAUGCGGCACGCCUGGCUGGGCAGCAGCCGCACAACUUGCUGGGGCCGUGGUGCCGCGCAGCCCUGGCGCGCGCCACGCAGCGGCCGGGGUUUGGGCACCUUCUUGGCCUCCCGCAAGCCGAGCGGCUGGCCGUGGCGAUGGUGUUGCUGCACGCGGCGACGUGCCACUAUUACGCCACUGCUGAGGCGGCGGCGGGCGACGGUCGCGACGCCGGCUGCGGCGGGGGCGGCAGAUGCACCGCGUGGCCGUACAGCGAGGCAUGCUGCGAGCCGCUGUUUGCGUCCCUGAGGCCCCAGCACCAGUGGUGGCUCAUAUCAGACGUGCUGGCCGCACUGUGGGCGCCUGGGGCCCUGGACGCGGACGGGCAUCCUGCCCUGGCGACCCCUGGCGCCGCCGCGCCCCUCGCGUCCAGACCGGGCGCGUGCUACGGCGUCGCCACGCCCCUGCACGCGUCCGCGCUGCUGGCACUGGCGCAGCUGGCCGGCAUCCACGCGGCCGCGGAGGCGUGCGCUGAGCUGCCGCCGCUGCUGCUGCUGGAGACCCGCGUCGCGCACUCCUGCAAGUGGCUGCCCGAGAGCGAGGAGCUGUUUGACCGCAUCAACUUCGCCGCCGCGCGCAACAGCGGGGAGCGCAGCGCGCGGCGGCGCCUCACGACGCGAACUGGACUGCUGUUCGUGAAGAGGGGCGCCACAGCAAACGAGAUGAGUGAGGCCCUGUCUGCCCUGAGGCACCUGCACCACCACGAGCUGCUGGCGGCGCCGGCCGUUGGCCGCCUAGCCAACGCCUUUGGCCUGCCGCUGCUGGAGCCCCUCUGGCGGCUGCUGCAGUCGGCCUGGGCGGCCGCCGGCUCCGAAGGAGGCACCGACGCGCCGCUGCAGCCGCCGCCCAAGACCCUGGCGCAGCUCGAGGCGCUGCUGGCGACGGCUGUUGGCGGCUGCUGUGCUACCAGUGCAGUCAGCGACGGCGAUGACGACAGCGGCUGCUGCCCGUGGGGGAACAGGGACGGCUCGCCCAACUCUGCUCAGCAAGAGCAGCAGCAGCAGGAGCAGGAGCAACAGCAGCAGCAGCAGCAGCAGCAGCAGCAGCAGCGGCGGCCAGAGGAGGCCCUGGCGCGCCUGGGGGUGACCCUGGAGGUGCUCACGGGCGGCCUGAUGGCGCACCCCUGA